AAAGUUUAAACCGCAAUGGGGUUUUCCAAGUCUUGCAACGAUAUCCGGAUAUGGUAUGCCAUUCUUUGUUUUGUCCUAAACGAAUGGUACUUGAAAUAUGUGGAUGAUCAUUACAACGUGCUAAAGGCUAUGCAAUACGAACAAGCACUACAAGCAACGUUUAACGAGCGCUCUGACUAACAAAUGCGUGCGCUUGCAUAAUACUGAUUAUGAAAGUGAAAAGAGAGCAGAAGACGAUUCUUCGCCCAAUAGACACCAAUGUGCAUAACACGAUGAAAAUACUAUCACUGAGAUGAAAUGUCUAAUCCGUAGUGAAGAGGCGAGGAUGAUGAAGAUUGCAGCCGUGACUAACCCUUUGAUGAUAUUGCUGAGACGAAAUUCGAAAACAAAAGAAAUGAAAGUUUGCAUCAGCAUCUGCGAACUCAGACAAGUGUAAGUACCUAUCAUUUAUACUCCAAGUGUUAGAUAAUGAUUGGUUAGAUCUGAAUUAAUAAGUGACGUAACAUUUGAGUCUUCCCGGCAGAACUUGCGCUAGAGCUUCAUUUCAUGUAUUCUGACUUAUUAACACAGUUAAAGAGUUGGAUUCUCAUGCUAAAAAUGGCCAAAGUUAAAAAAAGAAAACACAAAAAAAAAACCCAAAUACACUCCUUUAUGGUUCAUAAAAGUUUAGGAAAGUUUUUCGAGCAUGGCUCUGAAUGACAUCAUAAAGGGCUGAAUUCUUCUCCCGGAAGAGAUCGCGCUCACAUCAGCCAGAGCGAGAGAAAGAGCCGCCCAUCAGACUGGUGCUGGCCUACCUGAAGGACAUUGCAGGACGAGUCUGCUUACAGACAGGAGGUUAAAGAGCUGGCCGUCUGGUGCAGUCAUAACAACCUGGAGCUGAACACACUCAAAACAGUGGAGAUGAUAGUGGACUUCAGGAGAAACACUCCAGCAUUAUUCCCACUCUUCAUCAUGGACAGCACUGAGGCAGCAGUGGAGUCAUUCAGGUUCCUGGGCUCCACCAUCUCUCAGGACCUGAAGUGGGAGUUACACAUAGACUCCAGCUGAAAAAGUCCCAGCAGAGACUGUACUUCCUUCACCAGCUGAGGAAGUUCAACCUGAAACAGUUCUACUCUGCAGUGUCGACAGAACCGGCUAAUAUGGGCACACUUCCUGGAUCUAGUAACUCAACACAGGCAAACAUUAUACAUGUGAUUUACUGGCUUUUGAGUCAAAAUGGACUCUGCAGUGGUUUUUCCUUUUUAUUUUAUCUGUUCAAACAUCAGUGUGUCUGGUUGGAUCUGUCGGUGGAUAAACAGCUUCUGCUGGAUGUUUGUGGUUGAUGCUCGUGUCAGCAGUUUGUGGCUGAAGCAUUACUUCAUUUUCUCUCCUGCUAAUAAGAUCACAAUCUUCCACUCCACACAAAACAUCUUUACACUGAAAUAAAGUGAAUCCAUCAACAGUCAAAUAAGAGUCACAGGUCAAAUAUGAUUGACAGAUCACAGCACUAAAUAACACACCAGUAGAUUCAGAUAUCUAGUCCAAUAUUUCACUCUUCUGCUGUUAGUUUCAUUCAGGCCCAGAAUUCAUUUGAAAAUGUAAGAUCAGCAGAAGCUUGUUGAUUUUCGUGAUGUUAAAGCAGAUGAAUGUGUGAACGGAAACUGAGGAUGGGGGAGGAUUCACACACAACCAGAUAAAUAUCACAGUUCAGUGUGUUUCAGAUCAAUCUGAGGGUUUUCAGACAUUUUAAGAGUUACUAUCGUGGGCUUUUCAGUGAACCGAUGAAGAAAAUGUUUCUCAAGUUAGUUUUGCUCUGUUUGUGGCGUCUGGAUGGAGUGUUUGGUGAAGUGAAGAGAGUGAAGGAGGGAGAUUCAGUCACUUUAAACUAUGAUCUUACUGAAAUGAAGGAUGAUGAUGUGAUUCAGUGGAGGUUUAGAAACACUUUAAUAGCUGAAAUCAAUGUAACGGCCGACAGAUUCACUGUAAAUGAUGAUGUUCCUGAUGGGAGAUUCAGAGACAGACUGAAGCUGGACAAUCAAACUGGAUCUCUGACCAUCACAAACACCACAAUGAAACAUAUUGGAGUUUAUCAACAGACCAACAAUAAGAGUGAUAAUUUCCAUCUCGCUGUCACUGGUGAGUUAAAAAACGUUUUCACCUGUUUUAAUGAUAAAGUUGAAAUUAAUUGAUACAUCAUUUUGUUUCUUUUUGCUGUUUUAUGAUAUUGUUUAUUCAAAUUUAAAUUUUAAACUAUUAUGAACCAUUAUAAUCUGUUUAUCUGUGACAAACCUUGUUUCAGUGUCAGUGACGGAGGGAGAUUCAGUCACUCUAAACCCUGAUCUUACUGGAAUGGAGGAUGGUGAUCAUAUUAUGUGGAGGUUUAAAGAGACUGCAAUAGCUGUAAUCAUUAAACGGACCGACAGAUUCACUGUAAAUGAUGAUGUUCUUGAUGGGAGAUUCAGAGACAGAGUGAAGCUGGACAAUCAAACUGGAUCUCUGACCAUCACAAACAUCACAAUGAAACACGCUGGAGAAUAUGAUUAUAUCCUCUUUUUGUUAACAUCCCCUGUUCAAUUGUGGCGUUAUUCUUAUAUUUAUCUCAUUGUCUACGGUGAGUUAAAUAUCAGUUUCACGUGUUUUAUUUAUUACAGCUAGAUCUAAAGAAGUAUCUUAUCAUGACUAAUGAGUUCAAAUGACUAAUUCUCUUACUUUCACAUGAACAGCAGGUUUAUAUUUAACUUUCUAUUCAAUAGUUUUAAAUGCUCUACUUUUGAUCAUCUUGGUUCCUCUGGAUGUUUCUUGAAUCUCUUCAUUCAUCCUCAUUUCUCUUUAUUCUCUCAUGUUUUCAGCUCGUCUGCCUGUUCCUGUCAUCAGCAGUAACUCUUCACAAUGUUCUUCAUCAUCAUCAUCAUCAUGUUCAUUGGUGUGUUCAGUGGUGAAUGUGAGUCAUGUGACUCUCUCCUGGUACAAAGGAAACAGUUCAUUGUCCAGCAUCAGUGCGUCUGAUCUCAGCAUCAGUCUCUCUCUACCUCUGGAGGUGGAAUAUCAGGAUAAAAACACCUACAGCUGUGUGCUGAACAAUCCCAUCAGCCACCAGACUCAACAUCUGAACAUCACUCAACUCUGUCACACAUGUUCAGUCCACUGUUGUGGUCCUACUGAAGCUGUGAUCCGAUUGGUCCUCUCUGCUCUGGUGGGCGUGGCUACUGUCAUUCUUGUGCUUUAUCACAUCAGAUCCAGAAGAGCUGAAGGAGAUCAAGCACAUAUUCACACAUCAGGAAGUGCUUAAAUCUGAAGCUGAACGCUGAACUUUAAAGAUUCUUCAAGUGUGUUUUUGUCAUAAUAAAUACUGAUGAUUAUUUGAGCUUCUCUUUCAGUGUCAGAUUUGUAAAACUCUUAUUUGUAAGGCUUUAUUGUUUAUAUUUCUCUCAGAGACACACAGAUCUCACUUUACUACUACUGCUGUAUAUUUG